CGCGGACGGGACUCCAGACUGCAGGACACUCGAUCUGACUACGCGAAGAAGUUACACUGAAGCCCUCGCCCUGUCGGGAUCGUUUCCUCCGUUUCAAGUUUACGAGGGAAGAACACUUUCCCUCCACCCAGAGCCCGGCAUUUCCUUCCAUCGCAGGCACACAGAGAGGGAGAAGGAGAGGGAGAGGGAGAGGGAAAGGGGGAGAGAGAGAGAGAGAAUGGCUGCAGAUGCUGACAUGAGCGGUUGGUCCGACCUCCUCCACUCCUCCACGAAGCUUCUCGAGCAAGCAACUCCUUCCGCUCAGUUCCCUCCUUUACAGAGGAAUUUAGAACAAUUGGAGACAUUGUCGAAGAAGCUCAAGGCCAAAACCCUGAGAACGGAGACUCCAAGUCAGUCGAUCGCCGCGACAAGGUUAUUAGCUCGUGAAGGAAUAAAUGCAGAACAACUUGCUCGUGAUUUGAAAUCUUUCGAAAUAAAGACAACAUUUGAGGAUGUCUUUCCAUCAGAGGCAACAACUGUGGAGGAGUACUUGCAACAGGUUCAUGAAAUGGCAAUGGUUUCAGCUGUGCAGGAAGCCCAAAAGGACAAUCUGAGAUGCUUCAAUGAUUACAUGAUGCAAGUUUUAGAGGAUGACUGGCAAAAGGAAAAACGAGAUUUUUUACAGAGUAUGAGUCGCAUAUCUACCAUGCCAAGGAAAAACAGUGCUGUAGCAAGCAGUGCUACUCGCUCAAGCCAGGUGCCAACCACAGCUGCAAGACAACCGGUUUCUGUUGGUCACUCGGGUAUAGAACUAUUUCCCUUGUCUGACAAGAAUAUCCUUGAGAAAAAGGCUUCUGUUUAUUCAGAUGUUGUGAAGAAUCUUAAUGAUACAAGGGAGCGUGGACUACCGUUUAAUACUGCUACUACUUUUAAAAAUGCGUAUGAGGAACUGAAUCUUGAAUCAUCUGGCACUAAAUCUGUCAGCAUGCAGAAGAUAUGGCACCUGAUUCAGACACUAUUAGGGGAGAAUGCUGCUAGACCUCAUGAAGUUUCUAGAAGAAUGUCUUUGGUUAUUGGUGCAAGGAGACACCUAGAAUGGGGACAUGAAAGAUAUAUUCUAGACAUAAUUCAAAGUCAUCCUGCUCAGGCUGCUCUUGGUGGGGCAGUGGGAAAUUUGCAGCGAGUGCGAGCUUUUCUCAGGAUACGUUUAAGAGACUAUGGUGUACUAGAUUUUGAUGCAAGUGAUGCACGCAGGCAACCUCCUGUGGAUACAACAUGGCAACAGAUUUACUUUUGCUUGAGAACUGGCUAUUAUGAUGAAGCAAGGAAUAUUGCCCAGUCUUCUAGAGCUUCUUAUCAGUUUGCCUCUAUGCUUGCUCAAUGGAUCAUGUCUGGAGGCUUAGUACCUCCUGAAACUUCAGCUGCUGCAUCUGAGGAGUGUGAAAAGAUGUUUAGAAUAGGAGACAGGGCUGGACGAUCUGGCUAUGACAAAAAAAAGUUACUACUUUAUGCUAUGGUCUCUGGCUGUCGUCGGCAAGUUGAUAGGGUUCUUCGGGAUCUCCCAUCACUUUUCACUACUAUAGAGGACUUUUUGUGGUUUAUGCUUUCAGCAGUAAGAGAUGAUCCGAGCAGAGUUUCUUCAGUUCCAAUUGAUGGUUUGAUGCCAUACAAAUUGGAAGAUUUGCAGGUGUACUUGAACAAGUUUGAGCCAUCCUAUUACACUAAAAAUGGGAAGGAUCCUCUAGUCUACCCAUAUGUACUAUUCUUAAGCAUUCAGCUGCUGCCAGCAGUGUUGUACCUCUUUAAGGAAGGUGGGGAUGAAGGAUAUAAUGUAGAUGCUGUACAUAUUGCUAUAGCACUAGCAGAUCAUGGGGCUUUUUCUGAAGAUACUGGGGUGAGACAGAAGCUUGGAAUGUUGGAUGCAUUUGCAGAAGUUUCUAGCAUCAUUCGACAGUAUGGUUCGCUAUACCUGCGGCAGGGUAAUCUUCCACUAGCUUUAGAGUAUUAUGCUCAAGCUGCUGCUGCAGUAGGUGGAGGCCGCUUGUCAUGGGUUGGGCGUGGUAAUACGGAUCAGCAGAGGCAGAGAAAUAUAAUGUUAAGACAGCUCCUGACUGAGAUCUUGCUGCGGGAUGGAGGUAUUCCUUUUCUGCUUGGUACACGAGGUUAUGGAGAAGAAGGUGAGUUACAACGGUUUUUUAGCGAUAGGGUGAUACAACAGAAGUUCUUGCUUGAAGCUGCUCGCCAGUGCCAGGAGGCUGGGCUUUAUGACAAAUCCGUGGAAAUCCAAAAACGGGUUGGGGCUUUUGGAACAGCAUUGGAAACAAUAAACAAGUGCCUUUCUGAAGCUAUUUGUGCUUCAUUUCGUGGUAAAUUGGAUGGUGAUAGCCAUACUGCUGCUUUGAUUCAUGCUGGUAAUGAUAUUUUGGAGGCAUACAAGUACAUGUCUGAAUCCAGCAUCCAGGAAAGAGGUCUUGUUUCAGAGCAGCAGUUAAUAUUGCGGCAAUUGGAGGCAGUGGUUGUUAUUCAGAAGUUGGCCAGAAGUGGUCAUCAUGCAGAUGCUCUUAGAGAGAUUUCCAAGCUCCAAUUUCUUCCUUUAGAUCCACGAUCCCCAGAUACUACAGCUGAUGUAUUUCAAAAUUUAUCUCCUUUGGUUGAAACUUGUGUGCCUGAUUUGCUAAAAGUAGCCCUAACAUGCCUGGACAACGUGCCAGAUGCGGAUGGCAUGGUUCGUAUUUUGAAGGCUAAGAUUUCAAACUUUGUGGCGAAUCAUAUGAGCAGGAACUGGCCCCAGGAUUUAUAUGACAGAGUGGCUCGGAGCUUGUGAGAGGAAGGAAUGGUUCACGGGCCGAGUGUGGCCUAUGGUCCUUGGCUGGAUCCCCCUUCUCGGGCAAUCAAGUUAGAGCGGUUUUCUAUUUGGCUCCAAAAUUUUGUAUCAACAAGAAUGUUAGCUCCUCUUGAGGAACUUGAAUUUGCUAGUUUUUGUGGACCUGCCAUGUAAUGUAUAUCUAUUUGCACAAGGCUUUUUUGAUACUUCGCCUA